CAACGUUCUAAAAUGUGGCAAGUUACGAUGGUAACUUCAUUGACACCGAGCGCGGGGGGACUGUAACGUUCACACACCCGGUCGUUGGAGCCGCUUCAUAGCAGGAGACAGAAAAGAGAUAUUUCAUACUUCACUUUCCCCGUCCCAACACCCGUGGAAAUGUUUAACAGUCUUCUCAGGGAAUUUGACGAGGACCCUUUCUUCUCCUCGUCAAGGGAUCCAUUCCAGGCACACAAUACCCGUGUACAACAGAUGAUGCGGAGUUUCUCAGAGCCCUUCGGUCGGGACUUCAUGCCCAGUCUGACUGGCGGGCGAGAAAGGGGCCACGUAUCCAGGGGCCAACUCAACACUAGCAUGGUGCCACGGGAGGACCACAGGGACAUGGAGUCGAAGAAUCCAUUCAGUAUGUUGGACAGCAUGAUGUUUGGCGUGAGGAACAGGAUGGAGGACAUGCACAGAAACUUUGAGAACCUGUCCACAGACUCGAACGGCAACACCAACGCCCACUCAUUCAGCUCUUCCUCAGUGAAGACCUAUUCCAAGGUUGGAGACGAACCCCCCAAAGUGUUUCAGGCCUCCUCCCAGACACGGCGCGCCCCUGGCGGGAUUAAGGAGACUCGGCAGUCCCUGAAGGACUCAGAGAGUGGUCUGGAGAAGAUGUCCAUUGGACACCACAUCCAGGACCGAGGACACGUGGUGGAGAAAAAACACAACAAGAGGACGGGGGAACGGGAGCUCAACCAGGACUUCCAGAAUCUGGAUGAAUCCGAGGCGCAGUCCUUUGACGAAGAGUGGCAGCAAGAGGUGUUUAAAUUCCGACCAUUUGCCCCCAAGUCCCUUCUGGAGGCCCCCAAGCCUAGGGUGGUGCAUCGGGCAGCCCUCACUGCCGCCACCGGCCCCGACCAGGGACAUAGGGACAAAGUAAAACCAAAACCUGAAGGAAGGAAAAUACACAUCGACGAUCUCAAAGUCAAAGGAUCAGGCAUGGUGAAGCAGUAGAAAUGUCUAGCAAAUAAAGCUAUGUCAGGCAACAACUCUUUGAUGCUUUUACCUGUCUCCAAGACAAGCUUGGUUUCCAGGUAUUUUGUCUCACAGAAAAUCAGUCAAUGACCCAGUUGUUGAUAUGCUUUUUAGCCUUUCAUUUUCACGCUAACAAGUGAAGUAAAGAACACUUGUCAAGUCAGGCACUUAUUUUGUCAGAGUAGAUCCAUACAAGCCUCUUCCAGAAAGCUCAGGACUCCUGUGGAAGUAGCAUUAAGACAGGCACACAUAAGCUACUAGCAAUUAUAUGUGAUAUAUGAUUUCAGAAUCAUGACAUUGAGCAGACAUAAUUUGUCACAUGUUAUAUCAUUGGGCAUCAGAUCAACAGCAAUGUUAUCUCAGAAAUAUUAUCCUUCUGCUUUUGGAAAUGUCAUGUUCACAUUGUAUAGAUUGCAUCAAAAUGAAACAAACGUAUAUAUUUAUGCAGUUAGACAUUUGAAGUCCAUAAGUGCACUUAGACGUCAAACUUGUGCUUUUUAUGUGUAGUGGCCAUUGUUUUAUUAAUGUAUUUUACCUGCUGUAAUCUUUGUAAAAAAAAUACCCUUUUUAUAUUAUUUGACAUGGGGUUAUCUUGUUUUUCACCAUGUUAUUAAUUUAUAACAUAAAACACAGAACUUAUGGUUGGGAUGAAAGUGUCCGGUUCAUUCUAAAAUAUUCUUAUCAUGGGAUUCUUAUAGAUUGAACUCAUAAGAUCCUCAAUUUGAAAAUUAAAUAUUUCAUUUCAAAAGCAAAUGGUAGCGUAAUCUAUUAAAACUGAGUGUGUAUCUGAUUUGUCAUCAAGCAGUAUGUUUAUCACUAUAGGAGCACUGCUGACUGUGCCUGUGUGACAGAUACAUCUAACAGGGUAUUUUUGGAACAGACUUGUCAGUGACUCAGAUGUUAUGAACCCAGCACACUCUCGCAUCAUGUGCUCCUGAUUUAGUUUAACUUGUUGUCUCCUUGCAGCUAUAUCAAGUGUGAAAAUAUAUUAUGGAAUCACCUAAGACGUUAACUCAACAAAUGUCCAUAUAUGCAGGCUUCUCAAUUAUAAAUUAAGAGGCAGGGGAAGGAGAAGAGCAGUUAGGUCAGAGGGGUGGCCUCUUUGCCUCAAGGUUUCACAGGACAAAGUGGCAUAACUCUGUGUUUAUGUAACAAAGUAAAUGUCCCAUCUUAACAGGGCUGCAGAAAUUAGCAAGGUCAGUAAUAUCAUCUGGCUGUUAGGAUUCAGAAGGAAUGUGUGAAGUGGCUUCCUCUCCUCAAGUUGCACUGAUCUAACUGACGAUACAUAAUAGGUAAGAGAUUCAAAAGCUGGCUCAUUGAUGCCUACCGAAUAUUUGCUUUCCCCUGACCAGUUCCAUCACCUCUGGGCAGAUGAAGGAAAUGAGACGAGGCUGUUUGACUAUUUACCUCUAGUCUAACAAGGCCGUUCUUUCAUAUAUCGUCAAAAUGUGGCUGUCCGAUGCUACCUUACCUCAAACAUCUUCAUUUGUUCUGUGAGAGACAUACUGAACAACAAUAUAAAACGCAACAAUUUCAAAGAUUUCACUGAGUUACAGUGCGUUCGUUAGGUAUUCAGACCCCUUAACUUUUUCCACAUUGUUGCGUUACAGCCUUGUGCUAAUUGAUUGUCCCCCAUCUACACACCAUUUCCAAUAAUAACAAAGCUAAAACAGGUUUGACAUUUUUGCAAAUAAAAUAACUCAAACACCACAUGUACCUAAGUAUUUAUACCCUUUAACUCUGUUGAAGCACCUUUGGCAGGCAGCGAUUACAGCCUCAAGUCUCAAAGAGUUCAAUCUUGCUUCUCGUGGUCUGAAAGUACCCUUCCCCAGAUCUGUGCCUCAACACGAUCCUGUCUCA